AUGAUAAAAGACUUGGGCCUUGGGUAUGAAAAAAUUGAUGCUUGUCCUAAUGAUUGUAUGUUGUAUUGGGGUGAAUUUUUAGAGAAAGACAAGUGUCAUGUUUGUGGUAAAUCGAGGUGGAAAACAACCAAGGGUAAGAAGGGUGACGAUGUAAGUGAUCAAGGUACGAAUACUUGUAAGAAAGGUGUGCCAGCUAAGGUAAUGCGAUAUUUUCCUCUUAUCCCAAGACUAAAAAGAAUCUACAUGUCAUCAGAAACAGCAGAAAAUAUGAGAUGGCAUGAUACAGAGCGAUUGGGUGAAGAUGAUAAGAAGAUUUUGAGGCAUCCUUCCGAUGCCUUAGCGUGGAAGGCAUUUGAUGAGCGUUAUACAGAUUUUGCAUUAGACCCUCGUAGUGUUCGAUUAGGUCUUGCGAGCGAUGGGUUUAAUCCUUACCGUUUAAUGAACACUACUUAUAGUACAUGGCCAGUGGUGUUGAUUCCUUAUAUUGUUCCACCAUGGCUAUGUAUGAAACCAUCUUCUUUCAUUUUGUCCACACUUAUUCCCGGAAAAGCAAGUCCUGGAAAUGAUAUUGACGUGUAUUUGCAACCAUUAGUUCAUGAGUUGAAAUUGCUGUGGGGAGGGGUUGAAGCUUUUGACGGAGUGAAAUUUAAUUUGCGCGCGGCUCUGCUUUGGACUAUUAAUGACUUUCCUGGCUAUGCAAUGCUCUCUGGUUUGAGUACAAAAGAUCACCCAUAUCGACGUCAGGGUGUAAAGUUUUGUGAGAAGUUUGGAACUAAUGAGUUGGGUGAAGCCCCAUCUCGUCCUAGCGGCACUGAUAUAUUGAGGCAACAAGAAAAGGUCGAGUAUGUUCAUGGAAAGUCAAAGGCACCACCGAAAAAGAGACAAAGAGGACAUACUGAUAACAAUGAUGUCCAAGAUGAAAUUGUCUUUGGUACCAAGAGAAGCAUAUUCUUUGAUUUGGUGUAUUGGGAGCAUAAUCUUCUAAGGCAUAAUUUAGACGUUAUGCACAUUGAGAAAAAUGUGUCUGAGAAUCUUUUGGGAACACUUCUUAGUAUGGAUAAGAGUAGAGAUAAUAGGGAUGAUCGAGAAGCCCUUGAAGCAUGGAGAAUAAAGACUCACCUUUGGCUUAGUGCUGAUCACAAUGGAAAUGAAUACAUGCCUCCAGCUUCCUAUUCUAUGUCUAGGGAGGAAAAAGAGAGAUUCUUAAAUGUUUUGCAGAAACUUAAAGUUCCGGAUGGAUAUGGAUCCAACCUUUCUAGUUGUGUGAAUAUGAAGCAAAGGAAGUUGAUUAACCUCAAGAGUCAUGACAACCAUGUGCUAAUGCAAGAUAUCCUCCCCGUCGCCUUAAGAACUUCUAAUGCUACAAAGGUGAUUGACUUGUUGGCUAGAUUGUCUUCGUUUUUCAAGAAGUUGUGCUCCACCAGUAUUGAUCCAGAUGAUUUAGAUGGUCUUCAAGAUGGAAUUGUUUUAACUCUUUGUCAGUUGGAAAUGGAGUUUUUGCCUUCAUUUUUCACAAUCAUGGUCCAUUUGUUGAUUCACUUAGUGGAGGAGGUUAAACUUGGUGGACCAGUGCAAUACAGAUGGAUGUAUCCCAUUGAAAGGUAUUUGUCCAAUUUGAAGUCACAUGUAACCAAUAAAGCCCAACCUGAAGGAUCUAUUGCGGAAGGCUACCUUUUAGAGGAGACAAUUAGGUUUUGCUCGAGAUAUCUUCAAGGUGUUAAGACCAUAUUCAACAUGCCUAAAAGGAUGGAUGAUGACAUUUCAAAUUCUGAUGAUUACUUAUUUAAUUCCGGCGGUCGAGUCAUUGGAAAGGAGGUCAGCAUUCGCCUUGAUGGUCAAAGCUUAAAACAAGCCCAUCGCUACGUUUUACUUCACUCUGAUGAGAUCAAAGGGGAUCUAGAUGAAUUUUUAACCGAGAAGCGUCAAAUGAACUUAGAAACUUCCGUCGCGGAAGUACAUUCCAUAGAUGCAACCACCGAAGAUGGGAAACUAAGAAACGCUUUGGCGGGUGGUUUGCAUUCUUAUGGCAGAAAAUUAAAAGGAUACAUAAUCAAUGGAUACAAAUUCCUUUCCACUGAUCGCGAUUGUCGUCUUUUGACACAAAAUUCUGGAAUUAUGGUUGAAGCGGAUGGAGUGGCAUACUACGGAAAAGUGAUGGAUAUCUAUGAAUUAAAUUACUAUGGAGAUUAUAAAGUUGUAUUGUUUCGUUGUGAUUGGGUAGACAUUCGUAGGGGUGUAAGAACAUAUCCAAACGGCAGAGUAUGUGUCAAUUUCUCUAAAUUGAUGCAUACUGGACGAUUAUUGCAAGAUGAUCCAUUUGUAUUCUCAUCUCAAGCAAAACAAGUAUUUUACAUAGAAGAUGAGAUACAAAAAGGAUGGUUCCAUGUUGUUAAGAAUAAGCCUAGAGAUUUGUUUGAUUUAGGUGAUUCUUUACCAGUAGCGGAAGAGGGUGGGGCCGAUUGA